GACCCCUCGAUCCGGAGACAAGCGCACUAACCAUGAGGCCACCGCCAAAAGAUCCUUAUCUUUAAGGAUCUUUGGCAGGUCCUUGAAGAUCUUUAAAGAUCCUCAAAGAUCGUGUCAGGAUUCUCACCAGGGUUAACUACCCAAACUGGAUCAAUUAUUUGGCAAAUCUGCAGGCCAGUUGUUGUUUCUGUCAUACCAAAUUAAUGCACUCAUUUCUAUAACCACACGUACAUAUUUAUCAACCGUAUAUUAUUAGCGAAUGGUUGACGGGGACAUAAUAUUAUUAUUCUCUCUAAAGAGCUCGUUACAACGCGCCUUUAUGGAUCGGAAAAUCUGUACUGCCCUUGAUUUCUGUUGCGUGACAUUCACGCUUUACGCGUCUUCGCGUUUCACAGACUCGAGUGCGCGAUUCACCCACCCUCGCAACGAGCGAGUCGCGUUGACCAACUGUGCGUGACCGGCAAUUGACUUAUCGUUGUUUUCCUACAUAAUAAACACUCGAUGCAUAUUUCUCGCCCAACACAGCUGUACAUUUGAUUGAACUAUCAUCAACAACAUUGAGGACGUCGAGUGGAGAAUCCAUUUACAGGUACCUUUUUGAACAUUAUCCAAGUUAAUAAACUAAGGGUUGUCUUUUAUGUAGUGGAAACGAAACGAUAAUGUGAAACUUUGUCAUCUCACAAAGGGCUGUCGCUUUCAAUAAUUCCGAACUUUAUUCCAGGGAUUCAAACAAGAGCUUAAUGAUGCAAAACAGAACAUUUUUACGUUUGUUUAAUUAUCUUUUUUUAGCGGCCUUGAUAUUUUUUUCAGUUCCAUGCGACACGCUCAAGUCAGGGCAGGUUCGAGAUCAUUUUAUUUUUUUUUCCUUCUAAGAAAACAAACUCUCUUGACAGGAGCUACUUAGCUCUGUAAUUGUUAUUGCCUUUUCUAGCUGUAGCGACUGACCUCAAACACGUCAUUUCCUUUUGAUUAAGCCAUGAUACUGGAUGGUCAAUGUGUCCUUAAAUGGCCGCCGGAAGUCACGGUCACCACCUCAUUCAUUCAGCGGAAGUUGACGUUUUAAAUAGACUGAAGUUUAAAACUGAGCUUAACUAGAAAACAAGCAGAGUAGAUUUGAUCAGUUAAAGGGAAAACAUCGCGAACUCGCGUAUUACAAGGAGAAAUGGCCGUGUGUUCCUCUAGAAUAGGUAUUUCCAGAUUGGUUAUCCUAUCAAGCCUGCUUCUUGGGUCACAUUCGUUCGCCGGUAGAACAUCCCGAAGAUUUAUAGGCUUUCCGGAAUCUGGCGAGAGAGUUAACUACAGUAAUGCAAGGGAUAACAACAAGACACUGAUUAUUCGCCACAGUUUACCAGGAAGAGUAAUUUUUCACGAGAGCAGUGAAUUCUGGAUUGAAUUGCUAGCGACAACUCCAGAAGAACAAAAUAAAGCGCAAGUGAAAAUAUCGUACACGUCCAUCAAUGAUAAUCACACUAUCUUGCUACAAGUGUGCGAGCCCAGUUUACCAGAACGAGCUGACACCAGUGAGAAAGAUAAACUGCUCGUUAUAAUACUCGCCAGUGUGGGAUCUUUUGUUGUCCUUGGACUUGUGGUGUCUGCUUUGUGUUACUGUUGCUAUUGGAAAAGAAGGCGAAAACCCAUCCUUAAAAAAGAAGCUACGAAAGAGUUGGAUGAAGAGAAUCCAUCUCCUGAGAGUCACCGCGCUUCCCACGUUGGUCUAGGACCUGGUACAUCUUUGUCAAGUGGUACUCAUUUAUUGGUUGUGGCCGUGUGCGCAUGCGCUCUACACGCUCAAUUGCAGACCACCAAUGUCGAGAUAAAUGUUUACUUCCCUGGAGGAUUGCUUCGCUCUGACUCCAGAGUAUUCCUGAGUUCGGAGAAUAAUAACGAAGUGAGAGUGAUAAGCAACGACACACAACUGAAGAUCAAUGUUUUUGAUGUUCCCAGUGCUGGGCUCGUGUCCGACAAUCUGUGCAUUGAUAGAAACCUGACAUGCGCAAAUGGAGCUUGUGACCCUCAGACAGGAAAAUGCGUUUGUCCAAGAAAAAUGCGAGCCAUCAGGCAAGAGGGAGGAGUUACACGAUGUGUAUAUAGAUGCGAUCAAAAAUGUCAGAGUGGAUUCUUUGAGUUGUCUUCUUGCAACCACACUCAUCAAGCAGUCUGUAAAAUGUGUCGUCCUCCGUGUAAUUUUAAAGAAUUCGAAUCAGUACCAUGUGUAGGAAAAACAGACCGGAAAUGCGCUGCCAUUUCUAAACUGCCGCAAAUUAAAGUUUCCCCCAAUAUUGUCUACGAAGACAUUUUAAAGGUUAAAGCUAGCCCACCUGUGAAACAAACUAUUUUUAAUGUGUCCAGCAAUUCCCAAAUAUGGCUCAACAGAUCCAGUGGUCUGGCAAUUCAACUUCAAAUUCGCCACGUCGACUUCAGCACGACAUUUGGGGAGGUCAAACAUGACGUCAACGACAACAGCAGGCUUCCAAAUGACCCGACGUCACAAGAUAUUGUAAGAAAUUUCUGUGAUUCUCCUGUUCCAGACUAUUAUCGCAUAAUCUUACAAGAAUCCGCGAACGAAGUGCAGAUUAUUAAGGGAAAACCAGAUACCCCAUGUCCAAGGUAUGAUGGCGGAUCGUCAACAAUACCAGCCCCAGGAAAUUUACUUUCAUGCAACGGAGCAGAAAAUCCUAUUGUUAGGCUUUUUGGCGUCAAACAUAAACCCGAAGAGUUCUGGAAAGAAGAACGUUCUCGAGCAUGCUACAAUCUUAAGAUGGACUGCAACAAAUGUCGCGAUGAAUGCACAGUUCGUGCUCGAGAGAACCCUAUCUGUAAUCUUACAAAGGGUAGCGUCAAUGCAGAUUCCAAGCAGGAGUUCGGGGAACACUUUGAGUAUUGCUUUGAUUGUUGUUUUGAAGAAAACUGCAUUUGUCCGAGCUGUGCGUGUACUCAGUACAAUGCUUCAUGCAUCGGUUCACAGUUGACUUGUGUCGGAACCAAACAGUUUACCAUCCCUAUCACCCCUAUCUUUCCUAAAAGGGGAUUGUUCAAGUGUCACGUGAAACUAUCUAAAGGUCCUAUAUUCGAACUCGAGACAGCACUGUGGAAAGAUGGAAAGCUAUUGAGAAGAACUGAGAAAAAUGUUAAGAACUACAGUCAAGAGGCUGUCAGAGGGACAACAGGCUACGAUUAUGGCUAUAUGAUCCUGAAACAUCCCUCUGUAAUUAGAUACGACAAGAGAAAAAUCAUCAUGAUAAGUGGAAAGGCUGGAGAGUCGAACUUUGAUGUAGGAUGGUACAAAACCGAGCAGGAACUAGAAUCCCUGAAUCCCGCAAGCGUACUCUCCUUUCAGCCAACAGAGCCGUUCAAAACCAACACCAACACUUGGUCAAAGGAAGAUUGUCAAACUUUGGACGCUGAAAAAUUUGCAAUAAUCUCAUCCAGUACGUCGAUAAACAACGUUGAACCUUUCACACAGCUUACUGCAAAGAUAACCCAUGAGCAGAACACUCGGUUGUAUAAAGUGUACAACAAGUCCGAUCCGCAGAAGGUCAGUUUUGAGGUACCACCGGAACGCUCAGUCCUACGACACACAUUUCCAGAAACAGUUAUAUUCAACGAUAGAUCGUUUACUGGCAAGCUGUUUAAGAACAGGACUUUCUGGACCAUCCGCUUAACUGGUCAAGCUAGUUCGUGCCCAGGCUUUUUCGUGGUGCGGUUGACGGAUCAAGAUCGCCCCGACGUGGAGGUGUAUCAUUAUGACAUUGCAAUAAUCAACGAAGACUGCUCGUUUAGAGUAGAGUUCCAUCUUCCGUCGGGUGGAGACACAAACAUGAUCGACAAACAGUUUGUUGCUCGCCUUACGGACUCACGCAAAACGAUCAAGCUCAUUCUUGUGAGCUCAAGACGAAUACCUGAAUUCGAAAUACCUGACAUUGACGAAGAUUUCGAUCUGAAAAAACUUGAAGUUUUGAUUCCUUUUGGCGGCGCAGCAGGAGGAAUGCUCAUUGUGCUAAUAGUAAUCUUGAUCUACGGCUACAAAACACGACCAAAAGACAGUUAUCACCGCGACCGAGAUAAUGACUUGCAUUUUCGACAUAUCUUGUUUGUUGUCUGGUUCGUCGGCAUGAGACUGGUGAAGAGUUUUCUCUUAACACUGACUGUUCUGUUUGUAAUACUCACCGCUAUUCACUACACGAACGUGAAGACGUUAGAAAAAUACGAGUCAUUCCAUGAACAGCGAAAACAAUUGGAGGAUAACUUUAUGCAGCAGAUGGACACGCACAAGGCGCAGGAAAUAAAUCGACAGUGGUCGCUACUGGGAGAAGGAAAGACUGUCUGUGGCCAGAAGUUAAAAGAGCUCAACGCGUUUUUGGAGAGUCAUUUCAAAAGCAUGCUAGAAAAACAACUGGAGGAAAUGAAGCGGAAAAAUAUAAUUCUUGCCGCUGAGAAGCGUAUUAAAAAGCAGUUUAGUGCGACGAAAGCGAAGUUCGAAAGAGAGAGAAAGCGGCUGAACGAACAAAUGGAAGCUUACAGCAAUGAAAUCAAUUCCAGGAUUUCCCAAAUUCAGAGAAAAAUAGAGGGCAGCUUUUGGCUGCAAGCUGCCAAGGGGAUGUACAAUUUUUUGGACGGCCUUGCAAAAGUUUUUGGAAGUGGCAUUGGAAAGCCGUUUAUACGGUGGGUUGGGCUGUCAGUGAGUUUUCCCAGCAUUGACGUAAAUCUUCCCUCGUUCGAUGACAUUUUCAGUGAUUUUAGCAGCGGCAAUUUGCUAAUUCCUCAGACAGGCUUACUGGACACGAACUUUUCCUUAUGGCAAGGAGAUUUUCAGACAGACAUAAAAAUAAACAUCAAUCAAAUUUCGGUUCCAGACUUGAACAUAUCUCGUACGCUAAAUAAAGGCAGAGCCCAAGAAUUGCUGGCUUUGGAAUGGAUCGUGCAGUUGUACAGAACCGGCGUGGUUACCACAAUUUUGAUCAUUUUGGAUUUUUUGUGGUUUGUUUAUCGACAUAGCAGGACGUACCAGUUAGCCGUUGUGCUCAUUCACGGCUUUCCGAAAGUUUACAAACUGGAAAAGAUACAGAAAAAGGAGGAAGAGAAAGAAGAAAGGAAAAGGAAAAAAGAAGAGAAAAAAGCAAGGAGGAAGAAAGAAAAAGAUAAAAAACUCGAACUUGUCCAAGACGAACAUUUGGAGAACUACGAGGGUACAGAGAUGAAAUCUAUGGAACGUACGAAACAGAUUAGUGGACUUAAAGAGAAUACAAAGUCCAGUGCAAAAGCCACACCUUUGAGUGAAGCAGACAUGCCCAUAGGCAAGAAUGCCCCCAACAAUUCAGUUGAGUCUGAGAAAAUAAUUAGAGAGAAUCAGGAUAUCGAGAGAGUCGAUGCCCCAGAUGAAGAAACCAAACCAGACGAAUCCAGAACCCGCAAAGUGAUUGGCCAUAGCUUAAAGGGACUCGACAGACUAAAUGCAGUAUUUCUCAAGUUUCUGAUCAAGAUCAAGGAAGUUAAUUACCAGAUCAACAAUACAAACUUGGUUCCCAUGUGCGUUCUGUCGGUGAUUGGCAUUCUGUCCGUAUAUGUCGUCAUAGUAACCGCUAAACACUCAUUGAACGUGGAAACGUUGGAUGUAGUUGGAUAUUUCGAUCUCAAGAUGGCGCCACUGCUGACCAUGAGGAAGAUUGUCAACACAAGAAUAACAUCGAACGCGUUUUUGGUGAACGAUGUUCAUAUUCCUUACUACGAAAACAGAGUAAAUUCCAGGAUAGCGUUUUACAGGAAGAAAGCUAAAAUGUACCAGGCAUAUCAAUGCGCAAAAGCUGAUCUGUAUAACGAAGAGUACUGCUCGUGGGUCGAGGAGCCUGGGACGAGCUGCGAAGGAGUGGGUUCUUAUAACCAGGACUUCCUCAGCAACCUGACGCAGUUUGAAUGUAACUUAGAACCAAUCAUACCUCAACGAUUCACUAAAUUUGAUCGCUUUCGCUACAAAGACGUCCACAAAAAGGCAAUUGCUCCCUACGUGGCUGCUCUUCGAGGCCUCAUUCUCAACACAUUCUACAUGUUGUUGAUCGCAAUUGGAAUUUUCAUCAUUUUUCGAAUCUUGGGAAUUGCAGUGUUCGUGCUUCUUAAGAAAUUCGACCUCGUGCGUCAAGUUAAGCACUAUCAAACCAACCAAGAUCUCAAGAAAGAGUUAACCCUGCCCCACUGUAUCAAGUAUCCUUCCAAUGAAAGCAUUAUAAGACGCGUUGGACCUCUUCAAAUGUCCGAGGACAUGAAAGAGACAUUUGGUCCCAGCAUCCAUGAAGGAAAAAGUCUACAGUGGGUCAAGUAAUUAAGGAGACGAUAAAUGGUACAGAUAUCACAUCUCGUGUACGAAGGAUAUCCCAUCGGUUUUCCAUUGACUGUUGUGAAGCCAACACUAAAGUAAUCCUAUGUCAGCUCUUCACAAUUCAACGCGCUUAAACUGCGCACCGAUAAACGAACAGAUCGCAGGAAAAACGUGGACCAAUCGCCAAGCGCGGAAAAGCUGAGCAACUAAAAUCUCUUUUGUUGUCAUGAUUGAACAAGAAAGCAGUUGCAACGCGAUAUUUUCGCUAGCUGGUCAAGUUUCCAUUUUGAUGAAGUAAGAGAGCUAAGCAAACACAAAAGAAAUCAAUCGGGUGUCGAGUGAAAUCGCGAAUUUCCUUAUUUUUGCUACUUCGCUCUGUGAUUGGUUAAAAACCUCGUCACCAACUCGAUCAAACAAUCAGGUGCAAAACCAAAACCAAUCACGUCUCGGUCGCACGCAUUGAUUUUUCCGCGCUUGGCGAUGGUUACGUGCAUCUGUUGUGAUUUUCAUUGGUUGGUUGUGUUGUUUACGUUUGAUUGGCAAUUGUGGUUGCUUUGGUAAUUUAUGACACUCUAUUGAAAACCGCCCUACUGGUGCAUGCAGUCAAAACUGCAGUAUCUGUAAUUCUGUAAUAUUGCUUUGUCUAACUUUGCGGCCACGCUCAAAGUUGACAACAUUUGCAAUUCUACAAUAUUAUUUUAAAAACACAUAUAUGGAACAUGUUUUCCAUGUUUCCUAAGAGUUGUUCGUGCCGGUAUAGGUUAUGUAUAUAAUACAUUGGAUUUGUUACCAAGUGUCGUUCAUAUAUUUUCCGGUUGCUUACUUCUUGUAAUAUUUAAUAGGGAUAUUCUUGAGAUUAUUACAUCGACACGAGCUUUUUAAGGGAAAAUAUUUUAAUAUUGUUUUUACCACCCGAAAAUAAGUUAUAUCUUCUCGUCGCCGUGCAAUUUCCUCCAUUUACAAAUAGUUAAGAAUCGCCUAACUUAAUUAUCCCCAUUGUAGUAGUAAAGGUAUCGUAAGAGUAGAGUAUCGUAUUGUAAGUAUUAAGUAUUGCAUUGUAAGUAGUUUUUUUCUUUGUUGUACUAGAUAAAACAAGGAAAAUAUCGCGUAACUUUUAAUAAAAGCAGAAUUAUUUUUUACCAUUCAAACUACGCAGUAAGAUACACCGAAGGCACUAGUUUCCUGUGUGCGUUGCUGACGUCAGCAUCAAGUACACAGGCUGAAAGGAGCAUUUUUAGUCUCGUUCUGACCCACCAUAGCUAAUUAUUUCCUUCCACGUAAGGGAAUUAAUAACAAAGGUCUUAGCAAACGUGAUACAACGUUUAUUAAUUGAAAAGGAGAAAUGGACUGCAAGCAGUGUUAGUUAUCUUUUUGCGCGUUUUUGGGUUUGCUCCCCGCGGCGAUCGGCUUAAAGGACAAAUUACACAAAAAGAAAAUUGACAUUAACGCAUUGUAGCGGUUUUAAAACUUAAUGAAUACACUGAAACCGCCAACCGCUCGAUCCCCCUUAUCAA